AGUCAAUCAAACAAGUGUUUCAAGUGUUGAGUUGUUAAGUGACUCCAUUAUCAUCACAGUUCAUAGUCUACAAAUGAUUAUUAUUAAUUUUUAUUGCAUACUCAUUCCACUGAUCUCCAAGUUUAGUUGAAACCUAUCCAAGAUGAAGUUCGGUUUGGAGAUCCAAGUAAUAAACAAAGUUCGCCUGAUUAAGUUCUGCAACACCAAGAAGAAAAACGCCAUCUCUGUUGAUGCAUACAAUGAAAUCGCUGAUAUCUUAAACAAAGAUGCGACUGAUGACAACAUAAUUGGGACGAUAUUCACCGGCAAAGAUGAAUACUUCACCAGUGGCAAUGAUUUAUCAAUAAAAAUGGAUGGAGACAUGGACAUGGAGCAAAUUACCUUAGAGUUCAACAGGAAAUUCGUCAAGAUGAUCACCGCCCUGUUAAAAUACCCUAAACUAAUCGUCUCAGUGGUGAAUGGUCCAGCAAUAGGAAUUGGCUUCACACUGGCAGGCCUCUCAGACAUUGUCUAUGCAUCAAACACAGCCACAUUUUCUGCUCCUUUUGUUAAACUAGGACUGUGUAUUGAAGGUUGCGGCAGUUAUCUGAUCCCAAGGAUUCUAGGCAAGAGUAAAGCCACAGAAGUAUUACUCCUGGGCCAUAAAAUCACUGCUGAUGAAGCAAAAGCAUACAAUCUGGUGUCAAAAAUUGUCCAUAAAAUUGAUAUUGACAUUACCAUUAAAAACCUAAUCCAGGAACUUAGUGAGUUGCCUCUGGAGCAACUCAUGUACAACAAAAAGUUGAUGACUGAUAAUUUAAUUCAUAACUUGCUUGAAUGUGCUGAGAGGGAGGCGAAAGUCUUAUUAGAAUGCCAGACCUCUGAGUACUUUCUCACAAAUAUGAUGAACUUUAUGUCCCGCCGUUCAAAAUUGUAAAGGUUAACAUAAAUAUAGUCUGAUACAUCCUUAA